GCGGCUAGUGUGUCAAGUUACAGAGACGCCGGAAUCGGCCCCAGCGCUCCUCCGCAGCGGCCACGACCCACCUCUGCCCAUGGGGCCCUCUAAUUGCGCCCCUUUGCUCCGGGACUGAAACUGGCUGGCCGGGAAGACGCGAGACACCAAGAAGCACCGACUGUGCAGAAUCAACUCGAGGACUCUGCAGACACUUGAAGGGAAAGACGGGCGGAGAGGAGUGCCGGCCAGAUUCCCCUAACUUUCCCGGACCUGGAACGCUCUUCGAAGUAACUUUUUCUCACCUGGGCGUACCCGGAUUACCACGGGUUGUGUUUUCUCGGCUUUCCCUCCCUUGCUGCUAAUUUUUCCAUAUUCUUUGCCGGGAGCAAAGGAAAGGGACAUUUUCCAGCAACACAAGCCCUUUCCCCGUGCCCCGCAGCUUGGAUCGAGCCUUUGGGCAGUGGCUCUCUCCUUUAUUUAUUCUAUUUAUUUAUUUAUUGAUUCUCAAGACGCGAGGGGAUGGUAGCGGAGCGCGCUCGAAAAGCGGCAGCUGCGGGUGCCCGAGGCCCUGGGGAGCUGGGCGCUCCUGGGACGGUGGCUCUGGCGGUGGCGUCGGCUGAGCGCUGCGCGCGGCUGCCGAGCCCGGGGUCGUUCGGGCUGCUGGCGCUGACCCUUUGCUCGCUCGCGCUCAGCCUGCUCACCCACUUUCGGACCACGGAGCUGCAGGCCCGGGUGCUGCGCCUGGAAGCGGAGUGCGGGGAGCAGCAAAUGGAGACAGCUAUUUUGGGACGAGUCAACCAACUGCUGGAUGAGAAAUGGAAGCUCCACUCUCGGAGACGCCGGGAGGCCCUGAAGACAUCUCCAGGGUGUCAUUGCCCACCAGGACCUCCUGGUCCUAUGGGAAGACCUGGCCUCCCGGGGGACAAAGGUGCCAUUGGGAUGCCUGGACGUGUGGGAAUAAAGGGCCAACCAGGUGAGAAGGGGGCCCCAGGAGAUGCCGGGAUGUCCAUCAUUGGUCCCCGUGGCCCCCCUGGUCAGCCGGGCACUCGAGGCUUCCCUGGAUUUCCGGGUCCCAUUGGGCUCGACGGGAAACCGGGCUACCCCGGACCAAAAGGGGAGAUGGGCCUGAUGGGUCCCCGAGGACAGCCGGGACCUCAAGGAGAAAAAGGAGAAAAGGGUCAGUGUGGAGAGUACCCACACCGGGGUGAACAGGGCCAGGCCGGUACCCAAGGCCCACCAGGGCCACCGGGUCCCCCUGGACCGAGUGGACCUCUGGGGCAUCCAGGACUGCCGGGGCCUAUGGGGCCACGUGGCUUUCCUGGGCCUCCAGGACCGAAGGGAGACCCGGGCAUCCAGGGCCACCACGGCCGGAAGGGAGAACGGGGCAUGCCGGGGAUGCCAGGCAAACACGGAGCAAAGGGGGCUCCUGGCAUCGCCGUGGCUGGGAUGAAGGGUGAACCAGGGACCCCAGGACCCAAGGGAGAGAAAGGCGAUGCCGGCAACUCCAUUGGAGGAGGCAGAGGGGAGCCCGGCCCCCCAGGGCUCCCCGGGCCCCCAGGGCCAAAGGGAGAAGCUGGUGUUGAUGGCCGGGCUGGCCCCCCUGGACAGCAGGGAGACAAGGGGGACCCUGGAGCACCUGGAGAACAGGGACCAGCUGGCCCCCAGGGCUUCAAGGGGGAACCGGGGAAAGGAGAGAUGGUGGAUUGCAAUGCCAGUAUCAACGAGGCCCUCCAGGAGAUCCAGACGCUGACCUUGAUCGGGCCCCCUGGUCCUCCUGGACAAAUCGGCCCUCCUGGAACUCCGGGGACUCCAGGCCAGAAGGGGGAGAUUGGACUGCCAGGCCCUCCAGGACACGAUGGAGAAAAGGGACCUCGAGGCAAACCAGGAGACAUGGGCCCUCCCGGUCCCCAAGGCCCCCCAGGAAAGCCAGGGCCUGCAGGAAUAAAGGGAGACGACGGACACCCGGGGAGCCCAGGAGAGAAGGGGGAGAAAGGGGAGACGGGGCAGGCCGGCCCACCGGGUCUAGAUGGCCCAACUGGGGAGAAAGGAGAACCAGGUGGCCAAGGGAGACCCGGAGCGACAGGAUUGCCUGGCCCCAUCGGGCUCCCGGGAUUUACAGGAGAGAAAGGAGAGCCUGGGGAAAAGGGUGAUCCAGGAGUAGAGGUUCCUGGGCCACCAGGGCCAGAGGGGCCGUCCGGACCUCCGGGGCUCCAAGGCAUUCCUGGACCAAAGGGAGAAGCAGGCCUGGAUGGAGCAAAAGGAGAGAAGGGUGUCCAGGGAGAAAAAGGAGACCGAGGUCCUCUGGGAUUGCCCGGCACUCCAGGACCAAUCGGAGUUCCAGGCCCCGCGGGACCAAAGGGUGAGAGGGGCAGCAAAGGCGACCCCGGGGUGACAGGACCAACGGGAGCAGCUGGGCUUCCUGGUUUGCACGGACCACCCGGGGACAAAGGAAACCGGGGGGAGAGGGGGAAGAAAGGCUCUAGAGGGCCUAAAGGGGAUAAGGGAGACCAAGGAGCGCCUGGAUUAGAUGCCCCCUGUCCGUUGGGCGAAGACGGCUUACCAGUCCAGGGCUGCUGGAACAAGUGAUGCCUCUAACUUGGGAUUGGCCUGUGUGUGUGUUUGUACAUAGAAUAUUUAUUUUUAUACAGUUUUUACUUUUUGAAAAUGCCAGAAGUCUGAUGCGUCUUACAGAUUAUUAAAAAAGUAAAAACCUGCAUAUUUUGUACAGAAAAUACCAACCUCUCCUCUUUCGUUUACAAGAUGUUUGGUAUAAGUCUGCGACUCUAGUACACUUUCUGUUUCUGCUGUGGUCAUAUGUUUGCAUGAUAUUUGUGCACACUUAUUAAGUAUUGAAUUGAAUAAAUUAUUGUCUUCUGGUGCCAAAGGGAGCCAGCCAGCACUAAGGUACUGGCUUUUGCGGUGUGAAUCCUCAAAAACAUGAAGGCCUGUGGUGUUUACCAAA